AUGAGACCUCUUUGGCUGCCUAGGUCGAGGGCACACCCCGUGCUCUGCCUCUACACAGCGAACCACACCGGAGUCAACUGCGCGGAGAAUGUUUCAGGUUGUUCUUUCUCCCGAUCUCCUCCCAUCGUAGAACAUCCAGAAAUCCUAGAGUCGUCCAUCGGGUGCGGCGGUUGCCCAGCGCGCCCCGCGGUGCCGCCGACGAGGAGUCGUAGUCCUCGAUCUCGCCCUCCCCCCUCUCCUCCGCGCCCGCCGACACGGGCCGCGUUUCCGCGUCCUCGGCUGGGCUGCCGGCGGCAGCGAUGCGGUGCGCCGUCGGCGCCGGCGGAGUUCCCGUCUUCUCCCCUACAUCGCAAGCGCAGUGCCGGCCUGCCUACGUCAGGGUUGCUCGCCACAUGGCCGACCCGGAGGUGGAGCGCUGCAACCAGGAAGGAAAGGCUCUGCUGUCUUAACAAGGAUGGAAAGUAUAACAGCAUACACAAACCAACAUGGAUAACCCAUAUCCGGACAGAUGGGACCUGGAAGAUACACCAGCAACAGAAGCAACAGUUCUCAAAAUUGCAAAAGAGCGAUAUAGAGGCUGGCGAUCAACUCCAAGAUUUAUGUUGCUUACUUACAUUGCUAAAAGUGCAAUUCUAUUUGCAGGUGCCUACGAAAAGGAUUGGCAAAGAAAAUAGUAGUCCAAACUUCCAAAAUACUCUUUUACAGAGAUCUUGUCCUAGUAAGACUCCAGGUGCUAGCCUAACUGUUAUUUCUUCAAAUGCGCUCAUACAAGCUGCAACAAGGAAUAUUGAAUGUUUAAAGCAAUGGAUCCAAAGAACUAGCUUGACUGGACUCUAGAUCACGGACAAUUUAGUAUUAGCACUUAAUUAGGAUGGCUAAAUUACAUUUGAUGGAUAUUUGCUAUGAGAAAUAUGAAUUUUAUGAAUCUACAGAUUAUAAGUAUGGUUUUAAAUAUUGUAAUUAAUGCCUGUAUUUUUUUACGGUUGCAAUAGGCUAUUACCACAACCCACUUUCGGUUGCCA